GAAAGGGGAAGAGAAAAAAAAAAGAAAAAAGAAAAAAGAAAAAGGGCGUCCAACGAGCGAAGCGAAAGAGCCCGGACCCUCCCACCAAAACGACCAUCCCGAUCUCGCUCCUCUACUCCUCCAACGAGGCUUCGAAACCCUAGCUCUCAUUUAGGAAAUCCUUGAUCUCACAGAUCCAAGAGGGCGAUCCGAAGAGUCGUCUUCGAGAUGCCUGUAGCGGCAUCGGCGAUAUACUUCUUGAAUCUCCGAGGCGACGUCCUCAUCAAUCGCCUCUACCGCGACGAUGUCGGAGGAAAUAUGGUGGAUGCAUUCAGAAUGCAUAUAAUGCAGACAAAAGAACUUGGUACAUGUCCAGUCCGGCAGAUAGGAGGUUGUUCCUUCCUGUACAUGCGAAUUAGCAAUGUGUAUAUUGUGAUUGUUGUUAGUAGCAAUGCGAAUGUUGCGUGUGCUUUCAAGUUUGUUGUUGAGGCUGUUUCUCUAUUUAAGUCAUACUUUGGUGGGGCUUUUGAUGAAGACGCCAUUAGGAAUAAUUUUGUUCUAAUUUAUGAGCUUCUUGAUGAGAUUAUGGAUUUUGGGUACCCUCAAAAUCUUUCGCCUGAAAUCUUAAAACUCUACAUCACUCAGGAAGGUGUUAGGUCACCAUUUUCCUCCAAGCCCUCUGAAAGGCCUGUUCCAAAUGCUACUCUACAAGUCACUGGUGCUGUUGGUUGGAGGCGAGAGGGUCUUGUCUAUAAGAAAAAUGAGGUUUUCUUAGACAUAGUCGAAAGCGUAAAUCUCCUUAUGUCCUCUAAAGGGAGUGUUCUACGAUGUGAUGUGACGGGAAAAAUUCUUAUGAAGUGCUUCCUUUCUGGGAUGCCUGAUCUUAAGUUAGGUUUAAAUGAUAAAAUAGGUCUUGAAAAAGAAUCCCAGAUGAAGUCCAGGCCAACAAAAAGCGGAAAAACUAUAGAACUUGAUGAUGUCACUUUUCACCAAUGUGUAAAUCUGACAAGGUUCAACUCUGAAAAGACAGUCAGUUUUGUGCCCCCCGAUGGUGAAUUUGAACUGAUGAAGUAUCGCAUCACUGAGGGUGUAAACCUUCCAUUUAGGGUGUUGCCAACAAUCAAGGAAUUGGGAAGAACACGAAUGGAAGUUAAUGUUAAGGUGAAGAGUGUCUUUGGCGCUAAAAUGUUUGCACUUGGUGUCGUGGUUAAAGUUCCGGUUCCUAAGCAAACUGCUAAGACAAGUUUCCAAGUAACAUCUGGUAGAGCCAAAUAUAAUGCAUCUAUUGAUUCCAUAGUCUGGAAGAUAAGAAAGUUUCCAGGACAGACUGAGUCAACAAUGAGUGCGGAAAUUGAAUUGAUCUCUACCAUGGGUGAAAAGAAGUCCUGGACCCGGCCACCAAUACAAAUGGAAUUUCAGGUCCCAAUGUUCACCGCAUCAGGUUUACGUGUCAGAUUUCUGAAGGUAUGGGAGAAGAGUGGGUAUAACACUGUUGAGUGGGUUCGCUAUAUCACAAAAGCAGGAUCAUAUGAAAUCAGAUGUUGAGGGAGUACGAAUGUUUUGACUCUUCCUCAUGUAGAAAAAUCGAGGGAUCACCUUCAUGUUUAACUUUUAUAUUAUGCUGCGUAGUUUCCUGUAUUAUUUUAAGAAAUCAGUUCAUCUCAUAAUUUCUCUUUUGUUGCUCUUUCUUACUUUAUGUAGUGGAAGGUAUCGUAUGUAGAUGCGACGGCAUAUCUUGUUAGUUGAUUAUUAUUUGAUUCUUCCUUUUGUGACGACUUUGAUUAUUGUAUGAUAUUCUUUUGCCGCUUGCAUUUUCUGAACGAUC